AGCUCUCCCCUGCUACAUACUACAGACUGCUUCAACCAAAGAUAAAAGCGUCUUGAUUUUUACCUCUCCAGUGAGUAUCAAACAUGGAUGCUUUCCAAACAAUCCUGAAGUUCUUUAUGAACCAGAAAACUGCUAUAGGUUACAGUUUUAUGGCACUGCUGACAAUGGGAGGUGAACGUGUGUUUUCUCUUGUUGCUUUCAGAUGUCCCUGCAGCAAUGAAAACUUCAGGUAUGGUUUGGUAUUUCUUUUCUCUCCAGCUUUUGUUUUGCUAGUUAUUGGAUAUUUCUUAAACAGCAAGACCUGGAAACUCUUUACAGGCUGCUGGGCAAAUCCCAGAAAAAUAUUCCCCAGAGGGAAUAUCUGCCAUUUCUUUUACAUCUUUGGACAAAUCACUUUAAAUGCACUGGUGGCCCCUGUGAUGUGGCUUUCUGUGGCUUUGCUCAAUGGGACUUUUUACGAAUGUGCCAUGAGUGGCUUGAAGAAUCCUGCCUACUUACAUGCAGUUUGCCAGAGCAAAUCUGCAGAGUGCUUUGAAGAGCUACACAAGAUUGCCUGUGACAAAAGCUCCAUGCCCUUUUCAGAGAGUGAUGAACUGAAACGAACUCUUCAAGCACAGUCCCAGAUUUUAGGCUGGUGUGUGAUAGUUACCACAGCUCUUCUCUCCCUGCUAGCCACUUGCUGUGUCAGCUGCCAGUCAAAAGUCAGCCACCUCCAGCUGAUGUUCUGGAAUGUGUACGAGGGGAAGGAGAAGGAGCAACUGGAGCAGAUUUUCCAGCUGUAUGCCACCAAGCUAAGCGAGAGAAACCUGAAGUGCUUUUUUGAGAACAAGGAACCAGAAGCGAUUCCCCUGCCAUCUUUUCAGGCAUGGGAAGAUGCUUCCCAGCUCUACUCUUUCAGCAGUAGCAAACAACAUUAUAGCACAAUUCACAGGUUAGUUGAAGAAGGCCAGAAAGAAAUCAAUGAAGGAGGAGAGACUGUUCUGGACUUUGUAGACAGAAGGGAAAUACCAUAGAACAAAUAUGUUUUCAGGUUUUUUAUAUCUUGCUAAUAUAGCAUACUUCUAGGUAGUUUCAUCUCUGCAUUUUUUUGCAAUGGGCUCUUUCUUCUUCAUCAUGUUCUCCCCCAGUUACAAACUCGCUCAAAAGGAUGCAAUGAAAUUAUUUCCCAAUGCCAAAGAAAACUCCUUCAUGCAGUCCUCCAUAGAACCGAGGGUUCAUACUCUACUGAUGUUGCUGGCUACACAUCAAAAGCUGACAGCAAAAAGAGAUGGGCAAUGACUUCUGCAAGAGGGUUUUAACAAUUUCCUAUGUGAAAGGCACUAUAGUAUGCUUGUCCUAUGUAAAUCAGGAAACUACUAUGAAGUAACACCAUUUAAAAGAUGUGAAUAUAAUAAUGGAAAAUGUGUGUGGCUUUCUGACAGACCACAGAAACUAAAGAUAUCGCUUCUGAGUCAUUUGCAGGCCAUUUGCAGGUACAGCAUUUUCUUGAGGCACCAGUGGUCACUCAGGGCAUCUCAGUGUCUUUGGACUCCUGCUGCACCUCAUUGACCAUGGAUGGUCACACUGAUCAGCCCUACUCCUCUAGUCCCUGGUACAUCUCCCUGAGACAUUGGGGCAGAGACCUCCACUGACAGGGAGCUGCCAGGUAAUUUUUUAGACAAAUCUUACAGCAGAAGUAUAUAUAUGGCACCAAAGACUUGAAAUUACCAAAUGGUUUGGCAUUUUUGUGUGUUUGUUAAAAAAUAACAUCCCAUUUUGAAAUACGA